AUUCGCGUCAUAGUAUGCACCGAUUUGAUGUCACGAGGCGUCGACUUAGAUGUAGAAUGCGUGAUUUGUUACGACGUACCGAAGGAGUUUCUGCAGUACGUUCAUCGUGCAGGUCGUACAUCGAGAGCCGGUAAAAGCGGCAUGGUUUUGACGGUUUUCACGAAUGAGGCUGACUUACUGAUGCAGAACGUUCAUAAGGCAAAACGAAAGUUCGUGUUUGACAAAGCAACUCUCAAGCACAAAGACAGAAAGAACAUCCCGCUGGUCGGUCAUAUCUAUAUGGUCAAAGAUCCUAAAGACCUGUCAGUGAACGUUGUUAGGCAACAUGUCACUUCUGACUGCCACCUGGGUAACAACCCUACAAAUUAA